CAGAGCAGCAGCCCCAUGAACAACAACAACAAUCAGUCCAGCUACAGUGAGGCUAGCAGGAGAAACGAGAGAUGGCUCCGUGAAUGCUCAGCUCUUCUGGCCCUCAUCACAGUACUAAUCCCAGACCUACUGCUGCUGUUUCUGUCGGAGUUGUAUAUAUAUACAUAGAUGGUGCCGAGCCCAUGAACUUAGCCAGUCAAAGCGGGGAUGCUGGCGGAAGCCAGCUUCUCUUCGCCAACUUCAACCAGGACAACACGUCCUUAGCUGUUGGCACCAAAUCAGGAUACAAGUUUUUCUCCCUGUCCUCUGUGGACAAAUUGGAGCAGAUAUAUGAAUGUACGGACACGGAGGAUGUGUGCAUCGUGGAGCGUCUGUUCUCCAGCAGCCUGGUGGCCAUCGUCAGCCUCAAGGCCCCCAGGAAGCUCAAAGUCUGUCACUUCAAGAAGGGAACCGAGAUCUGCAACUACUCCUACUCCAACACCAUACUGGCUGUCAAACUCAACAGACAGAGGCUGAUAGUGUGUCUGGAGGAGUCACUUUACAUUCACAACAUCCGGGACAUGAAAGUGCUUCACACUAUUAGAGAAACUCCACCCAACCCUUCAGGAUUGUGCGCCCUCUCCAUCAGCAAUGAUAACUGUUAUCUGGCCUACCCAGGCAGUGCAACGAUAGGAGAAGUUCAAGUGUUUGACACAGUCAACCUGCGAGCGGCUAACAUGAUUCCAGCCCACGACAGCCCAUUAGCGGCUCUUGCUUUCGAUGCCAGUGGAACCAAAUUGGCCACAGCCUCUGAGAAGGGCACAGUCAUUCGUGUCUUCUCAAUCCCAGAGGGACAGAAGCUCUUUGAGUUUCGAAGAGGAGUCAAGAGGUGUGUGAGCAUCUGCUCCUUGGCGUUCAGUAUGGAGGGCCUGUACCUGUCGGCCUCCAGCAACACAGAGACGGUCCACAUCUUCAAAUUAGAGACGCAAAAGGAGAAGUACGUGCCAGCGGAGGAGCCCACCACAUGGGGAGGGUACCUGGGCAAGGUCCUGAUGGCGUCUACUACCUACCUGCCUUCUCAGGUUACGGAAAUGUUCACCCAGGGGCGAGCCUUCGCCACCGUACGUCUGCCCUUCUGCGGACAUAAGAACAUCUGCGCCUUAGCUGUGAUUCAGAAGAUUCCCAGGUUGUUGGUGGCAGCAGCUGAUGGUUACCUGUAUCUGUACAACCUGGAUCCACAAGAGGGAGGGGAAUGCACACUUAUGAAGCAGCACAGGUUAGAUGGCAGUGCUGAGCCAUCCAAUGAGAUCCUUGAGCAGUCACAUGACCGCCCACUUGUGGCCCAAACCUACAGUGCUGCUGUCACUAAAGGUUACUGCGAAGAGCAGGGCGCCGUGGGAGGAGCGGGGCUAGAAGACGACCUCAACGACUUGCGCCUAGAGGAGGAGAACGAGCAACCGCCGCUCAUCCUCGAAACUGACUGACUGACUUAACGGACGACUGUACCCACCAAUCAGAGGGCUCCUCUGGUGCUGCUAUGAACAUGUGACACAAGUGGAGGGGGGGCAGGGGCAGGAUCAGAGACGGGGAGUGUUUUUAAACGCUCAGAGUGUUGAAGAGCCUGUCUGUCAGUCUGUCUGUGCGUUUGUCUGUUCACAUACAUGUCAAUCUUUAUCUUCCCGCCCUCCUUCCUGCGCUCCCUCUUCCCUCAGUUAGCCUGCGCAGGCCAAACUGACGCUUUGCAUGUACAUGUGCCAACUGCUAAAAAAAACAUGCUCCAAUGUGAAAACGAGUAUCUGUGAGUGUGCGCGUGUGUGUGUGUGUGUGUGUUGGACGUGUGAUCAAAAAAAAAUGUAGCUGUGUCUCCACUUGAAGACACACAGACGCAAGCACUGUGUAAACUGAAAGUGAUUGUGUAAGUGCCUCUCUGCCCCAGUGUCAUGGUUUCUUCUGUUUGAGAGGGGGAUCUCUUUGCAUUGGCUUAAUAAAAUCUAUUUUCAGUUGUCGGAUCUUAAUCGAGGGUGUGUACUACUCUUUUCUGACCCUUUUCCUCUCUCUCACAUACAGUCACACACCUGUCCUGCGAGGAGUGUGGCAUCUGGCUCAAGUUUACCCUCCAAAGAAUGAUCUAGAAGCCUUUGGCAUGAGGCAGAGGUGUUUGCGAAUAAGAGUGUGUGUGUUUGUGCGCUUGUGUUGAGAUCUCAUUUGUGUGCGUGUGUGUGUGUGCUGGGCAUGUACAUUAGCAAAACACUGAGUAAUUAGCCCCCACUUGUUCCUCCUCCCUCACUUUUCCCCUCAUCCAAACAGAGGAUCUCCCCCCUCCUCAGGCCUGCAGUCAUUGGUUGAUUUUAAACUCUGAUAUUAAUGAUCUUUUUUUUAAAUCUACAUAACCAAUCAUAACCAAUGAUGUGUCAUGCGUAAGAAAACAUGCAUGGUGUUGUUGAUGUGGUACUUUGUCCAUACAUUGAAGACAUUUGGGUGGUGAGGUUCAGUUACGAAAGGCAGGAGGCUGUCAGUCUUCAGUGACAGACAGCCUCCUCACCCUACUCUGUACAUUACUAGAUGUGGCAAGAUAUCACUGCACCAUAUUGACAGGUUACGAGAAGAGUUUACACUCUGGGAAAAAAGAGUGAACUGUGCAUUAAAGUUAGAUUGAUCUGGAGGUCAGGCUGAGGCUCAUCAAGUGGUCCAGGAAGCUGCAUGAUUCCCCAUUAAUCCUUUUGGUGUCUGAAGCCGCUAAACGAGGAUCAGCCAUGGGAUUGUCAGGCAUUUUCUAAUGAUUUUGUAUAAAAUGUGAAACGUUCAUCUGAAACUAAAAUGAAAAUAAAUUCCAUGUUGAUGUAUGA